UUUGUUGUCACAUUUUGUUCACGUUGGUGUGAAAGAGGCCUAUAAACUUCUGCCAUUUACCACAAUACGAUUUCUUCCUAGCUCCGUGCUAACCAAAUGGUGAUGAGCCUGCGUGUAUCCGAGCUUCAGGUGCUGCUGGGCUACGCGGGGCGGAACAAGCACGGCCGCAAGCACGAGCUGCUGACCAAGGCGCUGCACCUGCUGAAGGCCGGCUGCAGCCCGGCCGUGCAGCUCAAGAUCAAGGAGCUGUACCGCCGGCGCUUCCCCACCAAGCUGGUGUCGCCGGUCGAGCUGGCGCUGCCCGGCGUCCACGCGGCCGCCGCCGCCCCCGGCUCGCUCCCCGCCGGCCUGGCGCAGCUGGCGUUCGACGGGCACCACGGGGCGUCGGCCUCGCCGCUGCUGCCCAUGUCGCUGCUGGGUGCGGCGGCGGCAGCGGCGGCCGCCAAGCACGAGCUGGGCGCGCUGCCGCACUUGCCCGCUGCCCUGCACCCCGUGCACCCCGACGUCAAGCUGCAGCGGCUGCCCUUCUACGACGUGCUGGACGAGCUCAUCAAGCCCACCAGCCUGGCCUCAGAUAACAGUCAGCGCUUUCAGGAGACGUGUUUCGCUUUCGCAUUGACACCUCAGCAAGUCCAACAGAUCAGCAGCUCAAUGGACAUAUCGGGGACCAAAUGUGACUUCACAGUUCAAGUUCAAUUAAGGUUUUGUUUAUCAGAAACAAGUUGUCCUCAGGAAGACCACUUUCCGCCCAACCUAUGUGUGAAAGUCAACGGGAAGCCAUGCAACCUCCCGGGAUAUCUUCCGCCAACCAAAAACGGAGUAGAGCCAAAGCGGCCCAGCCGACCAAUCAACAUUACCUCACUGGUCAGACUGUCCACCACAGUGCCCAACACCAUCGUGGUCUCGUGGACCUCGGAAAUCGGAAGGAGUUACUCGUUGGCGGUGUACCUGGUGAAACAGCAGUCGUCCACAGUGCUCUUGCAGCGGCUACGCUCCAAAGGCAUCCGCAAUCCAGACCACUCCAGGGCCCUCAUCAAAGAGAAGCUGACAGCAGACCCUGACAGUGAGAUCGCUACCACCAGCCUGCGGGUCUCGCUGCUCUGUCCACUGGGGAAGAUGCGUCUGAUGAUCCCGUGCCGAGCGCUGACCUGCUCGCACCUGCAGUGUUUCGAUGCCACUCUCUACCUCCAGAUGAACGAGAAGAAGCCCACGUGGGUGUGCCCUGUCUGUGACAAGAAAGCACCCUACGAGCACCUCAUCAUCGACGGGUUGUUCAUGGAGAUCCUGAACAGCUGCGACGACUGCGAUGAGAUCCAGUUCAAGGAGGACGGCAGCUGGGCCCCCAUGAGGUCGAAGAAGGAAGUGCAGGAGGUGCCUGCUUCAUACAACGGACUGGAGGGCUCGCAGUGUCGAUCGGCCGUGUCGGAGCACAGGAGCUCGUCCCACUCCAGCAACAGCAAAAAGGUGGAGGUGAUUGACCUGACGCUCGACAGCUCGUCAGACGAAGACGACGAUGACGAACCUCCAGCCAAGAGGUCGUGUCCCUCUCUGUCGCCCACCUCGCCGCAAGUUAGUAAAGGGGUGCUGAACCUGCACACCCAGGCGUCUCCGGUGAGCAGAACUCCCAGCAUGCCCCAGGUGGACACCAGCUACAUCCCGCCCCCACCCCCCCUCAUCCAGGACUACCGCCACUACUACCCGACACACAACGACUUGUCAGAUUUGAAUUUCUUCUCUGUUUUACAAGGCGAAAACCAGCAUUAUAACAUGGUGAUGGCAGCGGCAGCUGCGGCGGCGUCGGCCUCAGACGAGCACGAGCUGCUCCUCAACCGCUUCCUGCCGUACAGCUCGUCGCAGCUCUUCCUGGAGCCGCCGGGCGCCGGCUCCAGCGGCGGGGGCCUGGCGCCGGUCAACGGGGGCGGCGGAGGAGGGGGCAGCGUGGGCAGCAGCAGCGGCGGCAGCAGCAGCGGGAGCAGCAGCAGCCUGGUGUCGUCCAGCAGCCUCCGGGACGCCAGCUCGGCACACCUGCACGCCGCCACCUCGCGGCCCAGCGCGGACGCCCUCGCCGCCGCCGCCGCCCUCUACGGCUCCAUCUCCGACGUCAUCUCGCUAGACUGAGCUCACACACACACACACACACACAAGGACACGUACUACACAUCCUCACCAAGUAUACAGAGACGUAAACGUAUACACACACACAUACAUACACAUACAUGCACGCACACCAAAACGGACUGAACACUGAUGAGAUGAGGGUGAGGGAAGAAGAUAAGGCAUUUAGGAGAACAAGAAAAGUGGAACGUUGUGGAGUUUUUUUUAAGGACGAAAAGAACAAUGCUAUGUACAGAGAACAAAAUAUAUAUAUAUAAAUAUAUAAAUAUAUUUUCAGUUUUACUUUUGUACAUAAGACGUAUGAGACUGCCUCUGUGUUCAGUGAAUGACUUCAGUUGACUUUUAUUUCCCCAGGAUACUGAAGAUUGUUUGGCCCCUCCUUCUCCCUCCUGUACACAUUUCUCUGUUCCCGUGCUUCGAUCAGAACUUUUAUACCUCUUUGUUUUGUUUUUUAAGAAUUCUAUUCCUAUCUUACACUGAGUCUUGUUCCACGCCAGUGGGAUUUGUUCUCCUUCCGAGAGAGCGAGAGAGACACUGAGGAUUUCAAGGCAUCAGACAUUCUUUCUUCCAAAUUUGAAAAAUUGUGUUAUUUCUACUCAAAAGAAAAAAAGAAAGGAACAAACGAGAAGAGGAUUCCCUGGAAUUGUCCCAGUAGUGUGCGAGGUUGGGGUCGGUCAAGUUCCGGUUCUGUAGGUAUUCUGUGAGUUCUCCUCACGUUUGUAAAGCAUUUCCUCGGCCUUGGCCACCGUGCUGUAGGACAUGCAUCUAAUUUGUGUGGCUUGUCUGGUUCAUUUUGUCCCAAGUCCGUGUCCAGAUCCUCCAGUGCUGUCACGCUCCGUUAGCAUUUGGAAAGCUCCUCUAUAUUUCACGUGAAAGAAGCAUGUUUUUUGUUUUGUUUCUUUUUUCCGCUUUGCUGACCACUUCAUUUUCUUUUUUUGCACAAUGCCAAAAUCGAUCUCUUGUGUGUUCUUGCUCUAGAAUCACCCCAAGGGAGCCGUGAAAAGCAUCCACGGCUUGUUCUCGGUGUGAUGGUUUCUGCUCCCAUCCCUGGAAAAGUCUUUGGUACUGUAGAGCAGCGUCUGUGUGCAGGAAGUCUUUAUCUGAAUCCCGUCCAUCAUCUGUUCACCAUCUGUGUCUGUGUGUGUCUGUAUGUCUGUGUGUGUGUGUGUGUGUGUGUGUGUGUGUGAGUGAGUGAGUGAGAGAGAGAAUGAGUGUGUGUGUGUGUAUAAGAGCGAGAGAGAGAGAGAGUGUGUGUGUGUGUGUGUGUGAGAGAGAGAGAGUGUGAGUGUGUUUGUGUGCAUGCAUGCACAGGGAUUCCAAGUCCAUGCAAAGUUCUUUCCAUUCCUGCAGCCUAGUAUUAAAACUCAAGAUAGCAAAAGAUUAGCACCAUGUAAUCUGUCAGUAGGUGUUUGGUACCACCUAAACAGGCAAGCAUGCAUGCCCCUAUUCAGUUAGAGAAAUCUCUUUUGAUGUUUAUGUUAAACAUAAUUAGUGCAUUCUGACAUGUGGAACAUCUAGUUUGUCACCGUCUUGCCCCUGGUGUGGAUAGAUGGAGCAAUAAUGAGCCCGCAACUCCACUGGAAGAAUUAAAUACAGAAUUUCCCUGACAGAUUAAUGUGUCACAGCCCUGAAUAAAUGUGUUAGUUGUUAAACUUAAAUGCUUAGACGGAUAAAAAGAAGAAUGAGGCAUGAGAUCGGAGAAAUAGUUUAGGUGUUGUUUUUUUUUAAAGGUCACAUAUUGUGAUCCCAAACACAUUCCCAGUUCAUUUCAUACAGAUUUAUUUGUGACUAUUUUGUGUGCAUAUAUAUAUAUUUUCAAAAAGACAUAGUGGAGGGCACAAGGUUUAAACCAGAUGGCUAUCGUCAAGCCCCCUCUGUCCUCGUAAGCUUGUGGAGUUUGAAGGAAGCCCAAAAUAUGAUGGAAAACCUGAGUAGGUGCUUGAGCAGUGUGUCAGCAUCCAGUGGUUUCUUUAAGGGUAGUUUAUUCUUUGAAAUGCAGAAAUGUAGAAAUGUGACCAAGGGCUAUGUUCUGGACUUGCAACUACAAGAACAAUUGCUAUUCUAAAUCCGUUAUUUGGGUCAGAUGAGCACCCUUUUUUCAUGAGAGUUCCUUGUUACGCCGCCAUUCCUGGCUUCUGAGCAGAUUUCUAACGGGACAUUUAAAUUGUGCAACCCCAUUCUUUAUCCACACAUCUCGACUGAAUUAAAUGUUUUUCCUUCCUGAACUCAUCCUGUGUAUAGAAUAUGCUCUGUAUUUUAUUUAUUUUGUAAUCUAUGUUUUUUACAUCUUGAUUUCCACUGAUUUGUUGUCACUUGCUAGUCUUGUAUGAGCAUAACUAUUUAAUAAGCUUCAUUUUUGUCCUUAUUUUCCCUCUCUCUCUCCCAGUGUCGCACUCAUGUGGAUAUAGCAUUUAUUAUUGACAUUCUUUUCAUGAACCCAGUAAUGAAUCCACACUGUUGAAGGCUCGUGUCAGUGAUCUACUGGUUUGGGUGGCAGGCCAUGCAAUAUCUGCAUGCUUAGUCCUUGUAGCAAAACCUCAAACUUCUUCAUUCUCCUCAGUAUUCAUGUUAUGAGAGCAUUUCGACCCAUCCAGAAGACAACCUUUUAAACGUACUCAAAGAGAGACUUUGAAUGUUUUUCUCCAUUGAUGUGCUUCAUGCAGCUUGCAUGCUUCUUUUUUUAUGGCCAAGACCAUGUCUGACAACCAGUUUUAUUUUAUUUUAUUUUUUUUUAAUUACUCCUCUAAAUGUCAGUGUUAUGAGUGCAUUGCUGCCCUGGUAUUUAUUUAACAGUUGUGACCACCAUUGCAUGGAGUAAUGGACAAAUAAGCACAGGGCCCUACUUGUUAGCCACAGUCCCACGGGCAGCCAUUGCCACAACCUAGCCAAACGGCUGCCUAAUGCAGGCCAGCCGUCUUGCUUCGUUUCUGAAGGUUUUUUCUUUGUUUUUGUUUGUUGCUGGGAGUUGUGUUUUGUUUUUUGUUUGUUUAUUUGUUUCUCAUUUCUCGCCAUGUCUGUAAAUAUGAUGAUCCGAUCAAUAAGUCGGCAUGAGUCACAGGGUGUGGUUGGAAAUCCCGCGAAAAUGACUGAAGCAACAGGAGCUCUCCUGCACUCAAUGUCAGUGUUGUGAAGACAAAAAAUUGAUAAAGGGAAACUGUUUUGAGUGAGUGAGUGUGUGUGUGUGUGUGUAUGCAAUUGCUAGGUAAAACAAAAGUGUAUGGUGAAUUGUGCAGAAUUAAUGUUCUGGUAAUGUUCUAGUGUCUUCUGUCAUCGUUCCCAAGAACAUCCUAUUGAGAAUGAUUUAUAUUUUAGAUACAAAGAAAAUUGUGCACCAAGUGGGUUUGAGAUGGAUUCCGAUUUUGUUUUUAUCUUUUUUUUUUUUUUUUAAGUAUUUCAGAUCAGCUGACGUCUGCGCUCUCUGCCUUAACCCCAUCGAGUCAGUUUCCAUGCGGCAUGUCCUAUGAGAGGAAUGGCUUUUUAAGGAAAAUACGAAAGUAAUGAUGUACAGUUGACCAAUGUCAGUUUGUAUAAAGUACUAAGUGAAAAAAAAUAUUUAUUACAUGCAUUGGAAGAAAUUGUUUACUUAUUGAAUGUUACCUGUUUAUGUAGGGAAGUUUAGAUGUAAUAAACCGCAUUGA